CGGAUAAUACAGGAGUGAGCCAUCUACUGGCUGGAGCCCUGGCCUCACCCACCUUCCAAGCAUAUAAGUACUGCAGGAUGGUCUCAUUGCAGCCCAGCUGGGCAAAAGGGAAGGCCUAAAAAGGGUAGCAGGCACAGUGGAAGGGAGAACACAGUGGAGGAAAUUGCCGACAGACAGCAACUAUGGAUCUGAUCUCAGCUCUCUCUCUGGAAACCUGGAUUCUCCUGGCAAUCAUCCUGGCACUCCUCUACAAAUAUGGGACUCGGACGCAUGGAGUUUUUAAGAAACAGGGAAUUCCUGGGCCCAAACCUCUGCCUUUCGUAGGAACUCUGCUCAAUUACUACAAGGGUUUAUGGAAAUUUGAUGUCGAGUGCUAUAAAAAGUAUGGAAAAAUAUGGGGGUUGUUUGAUGGUCAGACGCCUGUAUUUGCUUUCACGGACACAAAUAUAAUCAGGAAUGUGCUAGUAAAGGAAUGUUAUUCUACCUUCACAAACCGGCGGAAUUUUGGCCCAGUGGGGCUUAUGAAAAAUUCCAUUACCAUAAGUAAAGAUGAGGAGUGGAAGAGAAUCCGAGGCUUGCUGUCUCCCACAUUCACCAGUGGAAAACUCAAGGAGAUGUUCCCCAUCAUUGAACACUAUGGAGAUAUUUUAGUAAAAUACUUGAGACGAGAGGCAGAGAAAGGCAAGCCUGUCUCUACAAAAGAAGUGUUUGGGGCCUACAGCAUGGAUGUGAUCACUAGCACGGCAUUUGGAGUGAACGUCGAUUCCCUCAACAACCCAAAGGAUCUUUUUCUUGAGAAAACCAAGAAUAUCUCAAGAUUUGACUUUUUUGACCCACUGUUCUUUUCAGUAGUACUCUUUCCAUUCCUCACCCCAAUAUAUGAGAUGUUAAAUAUUACCAUGUUCCCAAAGGAUUCCUUAGCAUUUUUCAAAGAGUUUGUGCACAAAAUGAAGGAAAACCGCCUGGAUUCUAACCAGAAGCACCGAGUGGAUUUUCUUCAGCUGAUGAUGAACACUCGUAACAAUUUGAAAGACAAGGAGUCUCCUGAAGGACUGUCUGACAUGGAGAUCUUAGCCCAGUCAAUUAUCUUUAUUUUUGCCGGCUAUGAUACCACCAGCAGCACACUUUCCUUCACCCUGCAUUUACUGGCCACUCACCCUGAUGUCCAGAAGAAACUGCAGGAGGAGAUCGAUGCAGCUCUGCCCAACAAGGCCCCUCCCAGCUAUGAUAUUGUGAUGGAGAUGGAGUACCUGGACAUGGUGUUGAAUGAAACCCUGAGAAUAUACCCAAUUACUAAUCGAAUUGAGAGGGUCUGUAAAAAAGACAUUGAGAUGGAGGGUGUGUUUAUUCCCAAAGGAUCAAUAGUGAUGGCACCAUCUUAUGCUCUUCACCAUGACCCCCAGCACUGGCCAGAGCCCGAGGAAUUCCGCCCUGAAAGGUUCAGCAAGGAGAACAAGAGCAACAUUGAUCCUUAUGUAUACCUCCCCUUUGGAAAUGGUCCCAGGAAUUGCAUUGGCAUGAGGUUUGGUCUCAUGAAUAUGAAACUUGCUCUUAUUAAAGUCCUGCAGGACUUCUCCUUCCAGCCUUGCAAGGAGACACAGAUACCUCUGAAAUUAAGCAGACACGUACUUAUUAAACCAGAAAAACCCAUUGUUCUAAAGAUUGUGCCGCGGGAUGCAGUCAUAACUGGAGCUUGA